AUGGAAGGCGAAACCAGGAUGGUGUAUCAGAGGCGUGAGGCACGAACAAAGAAGAGGUAUGAUGAGGGUUGGGAAGAACGCGAUGCGGUGGACGCGAAUGAGAGGGUGGAACAGGAGCGUAUCAUGUUCGAUGACGAGGGUCGAGAGUUUCGCGCGACGGAGGGGGAUAGGGAGGGAGAUGAACGGGAGCAGGAGAGGGUCGAGGACGAGAGGCGUCUUGAGCGCGAAAAUGAGGAUGCGUUGCAGAGAGAGGUAGGGAGUGAAGGAAUCAAGGAGCAAAGGUCGUUGGAGCUCGAAAAUAAGGAGGCACGACAGAGGCGGGAGGAGGAAGAGCGGAAGAGGGAGGACGAGAUGAAGGUGGAGCGCGAAAAAGAAGAGCGGCUGAGGGAGGAGGAAGAGCGGAAGAGGGAGGAGGCGAGGAAGGUGGAGCGCGAAAAGGAGGAGAGGCAGAGGGAGGAGGCGAGGACGGUUGAGCGCGAAAGGGAGGUGAAUCUGCAGAGGCAGGCGGAAGAGCGGAUGAGGGAGGAGGCGCGGAAGGUGGAACGCGAAAAAAAGGAGGCGAAGCAUCGGGAGGAGGAAGAACGGAAGAGGGAGGAUGCAAGGAAGGUGGAGCGGGAAAAAGAGGAGAGGCAGAGGGAGGAGGAAGAGCGGAAGAGGGAGGCAAGGAAGGUGGAGCGCGAAAAACAGGAGGCGCGGCAGCGGGAGGAGGAAGAACGGAAGAGGGAGGAGACGCGAAAGAUGGAGCGCAAAAAGGAGGAUACUAGGCAGAGGGAGGAGGUAGAGCGGAAGAGGGAGGAGGCAAGGAAGGUGGAGCGCGAAAAACAGGAGGCGCGGCAUCGGGAGGAGGAAGAGCCGAAGAGUGAGGAGGCGAGGAAGGUGGAGCGCGAAAACGAGGAGAGGCAGAGGGAGGAGGAAGAGCGGGAGAGGGAGGAGGCGAGGAAGGUGGAGCGCGAAAAAGAGGAGAGGCAGAGGGAGGAGGAAGAGCGAGAGAGGAAGGAGGCGAGGAAGGUGGAGCGUGAAAAAGAGGAGAGGCAGAGGGAGGAGGAAGAGCGGAAGAGGGAGGAGGCGAGGAAGGUGGAGCGCGAAAAAGAGGAGAGGCAGAGGGAGGAGGAAGAGCGGGAGAGGGAGGAGGCGAGGAAGGUGGAGCGUGAAAAAGAGGAGAGGCAGAGGGAGGAGGAAGAGCGGAAGAGGGAGGAGGCGAGGAAGGUGGAGCGCGAAAUGAAGAAACGGCAGCAGGAGCUGGAAGAGCGAAGGAGGGAGGAGGCGAGGAAGGUGGAGCGCGAAAAGGAGGAGAAGCGGCAGCAAGAGCUGGAAGAGCGGAAGAGGGAGGAUGCGAGGAAGGUGGAGCACGAACAAGAGGAGAGGCAGAGGGAGGAGGAAGAGCGGAAGAGGGAGGAGGCGAGGAAGGUGGAGCGCGCUAAGGAGGAGAAGCGGCAGAAGGAGGUGGAAGAGCGGAAGAGGGUGGAGGCAAGGAAGUUGGAGCGCGAAAAUGAGGAGAAGCGGCAGAAGGAGCUGGAAGAGCGGAAGAGGGAGGAGGCGAGGAAGGUGGAGCGCGAAAAGGAGAAGCGGCAGAAGGAGCUGGAAGAGCGGAAGAGGGAGGAGGCGAGGAAGGUGGAGCGCGAAAAGGAGGAGAAGCGGCAGAAGGAGCUGGAAGAGCGGAAGAGGGAGGAGGCGAGGAAGGUGGAGCGCGAAAAGGAGGAGAAGCGGCAGAUGGAGCUGGAAGAGCGGAAGAGGGAGGAGGCGAGGAAGGUGGAGCGCGAAAAGGAGGAGAAGCGGCAGAAGGAGCUGGAAGAGCGGAAGAGGGAGGAGGCGAGGAAGGUGGAGCGCGGAAAGGAGGAGAAGCGGCAGAAGGAGCUGGAAGAGCGGAAGAGGGAGGAGGCGAGGAAGGUGGAGCGCGAAAAGGCGGAGAAGCGACAAAUGGAGCUGGAAGAGCGGAAGAGGGAGGAGGCGAGGAAGGUGGAGCGCGAAAAGGAGGAGAAGGGGCAGUGGGAGCUGGAAGAGCGGAAGAGGGAGGAGGCGAGGAAGGUGGAGCGCGAAAAGGAGGAGAAGCGGCAGUGGGAGCUGGAAGAGCGGAGUAGAGAGGAGGCGAGGAAGGUGGAGCGCGAAAUGGAGGAACGGGAUCGGAACAGGGUGGAGGCCAAUGAGCGAGAAACGGGCGGAAAGGAGGCGAGGGAGAGGGACGAGCGAGAUCGAAACAGGCUGGAGGCAGGGCCGCGAGAUGCGCGCGAAAGGGAAGAGGCGCGGCAGAGGCAAGAACGGGAGCGUAAGAGAGCCGAAAGCGAACGCCGAAGGCAUGAGCUGAGAAGACUAGAGCGCGAAAGGCAGGUGGCUGAACAUGGGGAAGGAGCACGACAAGUGGUGGUUGGCGACCAGCAAACCGUGGGGCAGCAUGGGACGACGGUUCGUCGGGCAGCGGGGGCGGGUUUAGCGGGAUUGGGGACUGGCGGUCCGAGACAGAGGCGCUGUGCGCGUGAGGCAGAGGGUCCUGCUGCGGUGCAGGCGGAGGGACUAGAGGAGGGUGAAUGGGUGGCUGUGGAGAGGGUACUGGAGGAACAGGAGAAUGCCGGCCCCCAGGUUUUCGAGGAGACGGCGGGUGGAUUUGAGGAGGCUGGCGAUCGCAUCGCAGCUAGCGGCAGGGUGCAAACCUCGUCAGAGUUAAUGCGGCGUCUGACGUUGGUGGCGAGGUCUGUGGCCAGGAUUUCGUCGGAGCAUGGUGUCCGCAUCAGCGAAUGCAUGGCCGAGAUCCGCCAGUUUGGUUCGCAGAUGCAGGGAUGGGACAUGCACUAUUUGCAGGACUACGACGAUCUCACAAACAAGUACCACGAGCUCAAAGAUUCAGUGGUCCGAGAGCGCGCGGAGCUCGUCCAAUUGCGUACUGCUCUGGCGACGACUGCCGCCGAGGCACGAGCGGCAGCAGCUGAUGCUGGUCGAGCAGCUGCAGCAGCGGCUGUUGGAGCAUUGCAGGAAAAAACGGCAGACGACCAAAACCAGCUGACUUUCAAAGCGAUUCAGAAGGCUCUGGCAGAAUUGGGAGAAAAGCUCAGAGGGCCGACUGGACCCAUCAGGGUUGAAAAUCCCGCAGCUGUCAGAGUCGAUGCCACUCCAACCCCUGCGCGAACGCACACCGAAUCAGAGUCUCCGGACAUCCCUAUUUCCGCGGCUCAAAAAGUCAUGGAAAGGUUUGCCGCGACAUCGGAGGACGCGGCGGGUGACGUGGGUGGGGCGGGUGGGGCAGGCGCCGGUGUGGCAGAUGUGUACUUGUCUGAGCCGGUGAGCAGAAACUGGAGAGAGUCUUUUCGGGCGAAAGAGUUGCAGAAAGAGAAGGACAAGGAAAGCGACGAGAGGAGGGCGACAGAUGCUCGCAAUCGGUCUGCUAUUCAAACGGCGCAAACGACCGCAGCUCAGAAGAGACGGGCUGUGGUGGGGGUGGGGAAUCCCAGAGGCGAUGAUGGGACUGGGACUGUUGUUAGCAGCGGUAGAGAGGCGGAAAACCGUGCGACAACUAUAACAGCGGAACCAGGAACCUUGCGUGCAACCAUGGCCGAGAGGAGGAAAGCGGAACAACGGAAGAAGGCCGAGGAGGACCGCAUGCGUGCACAGGAGGAGGAAAGGGCGCGGCAGGAUAAGGUGGUGGUAGAGCGGGCCGCCCGAGCGCGAGAGGAAAAACGCAAGGCGGAUGAAGCGAAGAGGGUGCGGGAGGAGCAGGCGAAGGAGGCAGCUCGGGUGGAGAGAGAGGCGGAGGAAAAACGCAAGGCGGAUGAAGCGAAGAGGGUGCGGGAGGAGCAGGCGAAGGAGGCAGCUCGGGUAGAGAGAGAGGCUGAGGAAAAACGCAAGGCGGAUGAAGAGAAGAGGGUGCGGGAGGAGCAGGCGAAAGAGGCAGCUCGGAUAGUGAGAGAGGCUGAGGAAAAACGCAAGGCGGAUGCAGAGAAGAGGGUGCAGGAGGAGCAGGCGAAGGAGGCAGCUCGGAUAGUGAGAGAGGCGGAGGAAAAACGCAAGGCGGAUGGGGAGAAAAGAGUGCGGGAGGAGCAGGCGAAGGCAUUGAAGGCACAACUGGACGAACUAGCAAAGUUGGAGAAGGAUGCAAAGGAGGAAGAGGAGAGGCAACAGAAAAGGUUGGAGGCGCAGAAGUAUAUGAUGGAAACAGAGAUGCAACAGAACGCGGCGGAGGAUCCGGAGGGGGCAGCAGGGAAAGGGCAGAGAGAAUACGCGAUUAUUAGCGUCGAGCCGACGGCCGGGAUUCUUCGAGUAGUUCCUGCAGACCCUGGACAGCCAGUUGAAUUUGUGGGUCUGGCAGAGGAUGUUGAGUCAAUGGAUCGGACAGGCCACACAGAUUCAGAGUCCCAAACGGGUUCGAAAAAACCCCGCACCGAUCAAACAGCCCCCAACUUCAAUGCCGAAGCGGAGUCAGAGAAUGCGGCAGAGUCGGAAAACGAAGUUGGGGCAGGGCAUGAGAAUCUGGAAGCGGUGUUGGGAGAAGCGGUCGAAAAUGUGGCAGAAAAGGAUAGGAUACCCGACGCACUGGGCAAAACGUGGGGUGUUUCCAAGCACUUCAAAAAAGCUGGGCUUUUUGAACGCGAAUAUCAACGGAAGGAUGGGACGAAGGAGGUGAGAUUCUCUUCGGAGCAAACAGUUGGAGGGAAGAAGCGAAACAUGGGGAGUUUCAAGGAGAAAUGGCGCCGUGACUUUACCGUUGCCAUCUGCUGGAUGGUGUACUAUCCAGAGACCGACAUGCUUCAUUACGGGAUGGAUCCCGUCGAAGUUGGGACAUGGGAUCCCUACCUCGAACUCGCACGCGAAUUGCCGACAGGAGUGUGGAGCGUGCUCAACAAAAUGGACAUGGACAAGUACGAAGACUUCAAGAAUGUCUUCGAGAAGAUUCAGGCAUGUGUGAAGCGCGGCGAGCACUGGGAGAUCGCGGUUUGCGUGGGGAUAGGACAGGCCGUCGUCCUUGGUAGCACUGAUGCGGAGUCUCCACCCAGUGGUGUCAAGUCCACAGUAUAUGCAGCAGGGGUGGCCGCAUGCCUGUACACCUUGUGGGCUGCUUCGACAGGUAUUCCGAGUUCUGACUGGGAAGACGGUGCCGUUGCGGCAGCCCGUGGGACACUCGCAGAUCAAAGCCUUGCCAGUCGAGCAGCCUCAGUUUCUCGCUUCGGAAUAGCGGCUCUGCGUCGAGUUAGGGACAGCGUGCAUGCUCGAGGCGACUGGGAGUCGGUUCUUAGCGGAGUGAUAGGGGGCAUCAUAGACCCCGAACCCAAGGACGAGCUGGAAGUUGGUAGCUUGGCGAAAGUGGUUGCUCGGGUGUUGGUGUACUGGUGCGAGUGCAACCUGGCUGCCGCGGGAAUCUACGCGUACCAAGGGGGUUUGCUCAACUUUGCCCAGGGGACGCGAGGGCAGAAGCGGAAGGCGACUGCUGGUGGCAAAGCGUGA